CAGCUCUCGUCACAUGCACGAAUGAUGCUUCCGGUAAAGUUGUGUACUUGCACGCCUCUUGUAAAUCCAAUCUGGAUCUUCCGGUCCCAUCACAGAUCCCCACAAAUGCUGACGGCACACUAAACCACAAGUGCAACAAAAGGUGUAGGUGUUUCAUCGAAAGUUACAUGUCGCAUUCCCAUCAAGAGUGCUGGUUUAUCUAUCAAGUACGAGGAGUAGGAGGUACCACCAAGCUUCUAGCUAGCCAGUGAGAUCCGCUCAGAUUCCAUUUUCGUCGUCAGCGUUUCGGAAGGCGAUUAGAAAAAUAUUGCCUACGGGAGCACCCUCCUUUCUCAUAGAUUGCUGAAAACAAUUCUCAACAACCAGACCUCCGAAAAAUAGCACCAAUAAAAAGAAAAUGCCUCCCCAACAAGUUCCUCCACCACACCUGAUCGCUGAAGAAGCCAUGGAAGGCUUGGUAGUCAUUGUCGAUCCCUACUCGACAGGAUGUUUGGUUGCCCAAGAAAUCUCCAAGCGAGGAUAUCAGAUUGUCGCUCUCUGGUCGGAUGGAUUCGCGGAAGCCAUGAAGAGUCACGUCCCACAAUCCUGUGGGACAUUGCAUUGGUUUGCCCAACUGGAUGAAGCCAAGACAUUGGCUGCAACCGGGGCAUUGGUACGAGAAACGGCUCGAGACAUCAACUUGGUGGCCUGCAUUGCCGGAGGCGAAGCAGGAGUGGAUUUGGCGGAUAAGCUCUCCGAGCACUUGGGCCUUCGGACCAAUGGAACCGAAAUCCCCAAUCGUCGCGACAAAAAAGUUCAGCAGGAACUCAUCAAAGCCGCCGGACUUCGCUCCGUCCGACAAGCCGGUGGUGACAAAUUUGAAGAUGUGGAAGAAUUUUUGAGGACGGAAUCCUACCCUGUGGUCUUGAAACCUAUCGAAUCUGCCGGAUCGGAUGGAGUCAAGUUGUGCUACACCUUUGAAGAAGCCAAGGAACAUUUUGAGCUUCUCAUGAAAAGUCAAAUGGUCAAUGGAGGGGCCUGUCCUGCAGUUUUGUGCCAAGAAUUUUUGAGAGGCACAGAAUAUGUGGUGGACCAAGUUUCCUUGGAUGGAGUCCACAAAACUGUCAUGGUUUGGGUCUAUGACAAACGCCCGGCCAAUGGAAAUGCAUUUGUCUACUUUGGAUGUGUUCCAGUGGACUCGGAAUCUCCCGAAGCCAAACUCAUCAUCCCUUACGUGCGAAAAGUUUUAGAUUGCAUGGGUGUCAAAAAUGGGCCUUCCCACGGAGAAGUCAUGAUCACAAAAGAUGGACCUUGUUUGGUCGAAAUGAACUGCCGUGCCCACGGAGGAGAUGGAAACUGGCGCCCUCUCUGCAAAGCACUGACUGGUGGAUACUCCCAGGUGGAAGCUACAGCGGAUUGUACGUUGGAUCCAGAAAAAUUUGCUCGCUUGCCCGAUAAGCCGUGUAGUCCUUUCAAGGCCAGUGGUCUCGAGGUCAUCUUGGUUUCGUUUUCCAGGGGGAAAGUGAAGGCAUUGCCUGGAUACGAAGUCAUGAAGGCAUUGCCAUCCUUUUUGUCGCUGGAGACGGGAGUGAAGCCUGGAACUGAAGUUGAUUACACCAUUGAUCUCAACACGGGAAUUGGAAGUGUCAUGUUGAUGCACCCGGACGAGGAAGUGAUCAAGCGAGAUACCGACUUUAUUCGAUACAUGGAAAAGAUCAAUGGAAUUUUCUCAUACGAAACCAAACUUGAGAAUCUUAAGCGACCCAGAGGAGAGACAGUCUUGCUCGAUACCUACGAAAAGGAACUUCUGCCACCUAUCUCGCCCAAGAUGGCUGGCAAAAAGCCACCCAGGCCCCAUCGUCGUGUUUUUUCUGCCGAUGGCCCCAUGCUUAUUCGUCACAUGUCCAACGACAGGCCCGAGCUGCGUGGUCCCUUGGUCAAGAGAAUGACUACGGUCGAUGCCUCUAAGGAGGUGGUUGUCGUUGUGGAUCCCUACUCGACAGCGUGCUGUGUGGCACAGGAAAUCAUCAAGCGUGGCUACAAAGUUAUGGCAUUGUGGACCAAGGGCUUUGCCGAAGAAAUGAAAACCCAUGUCCCCUUGAGCGUCGGAAAAUUAGAUUAUUUGGCCGAGAUCGACGAAGCGGAAACACUUGCUGAUACAGUUACGGUCGUCUACAAGGCUGCCAACCAGUACCGUGUCGUUGCUUGCAUUGCGGGUGGGGAGGCUGGGGUGGAUUUCGCUGACGCUCUUUCUGAACGCAUGAAUCUCCGUACAAACGGCACAGCCAUCCCCAACAAGCGUGAUAAGAAAUUGCAGCAAGAGCUUAUUGGUGCAAGAGGCAUGCGUGCUGUUCGCCAGGCUGGUGGGGCCAAGUUCGAAGAGGUUGAGUCCUUUCUCAAGACAGAGCCCUAUCCUCUUGUUCUCAAGCCAGUUGAAUCUGCUGGGUCAGAUGGUGUCAAGCUGUGUCAUACUUUUGAGGAGGCAAAGGAGCAUUUCAAUGUGUUGAUGGAGAGCCAAAUGGUCAAUGGUGGAGAUUGCCCUGCUGUGCUCUGCCAAGAAUUCCUCAGAGGAAAGGAGUAUGUUGUGGAUCAUGUGUCACGUGAUGGCGUCCACAAGACUGUGAUGGUUUGGGUUUACGACAAACGCCCAGUCAAUGGUUCAGCUUUCGUGUACUUUGGAUGCGUUCCAGUUGCUUCGGAUUCUCCAGAAGCUAGGAUCUUGAUCCCCUAUGUGCGCAAGGUGCUUGAUGCGCUUGGUAUCAAGAAUGGUCCUUCGCAUGGUGAGGUGAUGAUGACCAAGGACGGGCCUUGCCUUGUCGAAAUGAAUUGCCGCGCCCAUGGUGGGGAUGGCAACUGGCGACCCUUGUGUGUUGCUCUUAACGGAGGCUACUCGCAAGUCGAGGCGACUGCCGAUGCCUACCUUGACAAGAGGCAAUUCUCGUUGUACGCGGACAAGCCGCCAGCACCAUUCAAGGCUGCCGGACAAGAAGUUAUUCUUGUGUCUUUUUCUCGGGGUGUUGUCAAGUCCACGCCAGGUUUCGAGAAGAUCAAGAAGUUGCAAUCUUAUGUCUAUCUCGAAACUGGCGUCAGACCUGGUUCGGAGGUAGAUUACACAAUCGACCUGUUCACUGGCAUUGGAAGUGUCAUUCUCAUGCACCACGACACGGACAUCCUUGAAAAAGACGUCAACUUUAUCCGCAAGCUAGAGAGGGACAAUGCGCUGUUUGAAUACGAAGAUGUGUACUCCAUGAUGAAGUCACCCAGCACUGGCAACCUUUUGGAGUCAACUUUUGUUUCGGACAGGGCAUACGAGUAGAAAGCGCGCUGGAGCAAGGAGGAAUAUUACUCUCAUAUAUACAACACCAUGACUAGAACGACGAAGCAAGAGAUAUGUUUAGAUAAAGACAAGUUUAUAGUUCAAAAAGGAGCAACGCGCCCAUCGACAGCAGUUGGCUACACCAGG